AUGAGGAGGAGGCUGCGCCUACGGCGGGACGCGUCGCUCACGCUGCUCCUUGGCACUGCCCUUGGCCUCCUACUCUAUGCGCAGCGCGACGGCGGGGCCCCGACAAGCGCGCCGCAAGCGCGAGGGAGGGAGGCACCAAGGCCCACCUUGGGGUCCCGCACGUUCCAGGUACCGGACGCGGACGCGGCACCCCCGGCCUACGAAGGGGACACGCCGGCGCCGCCCACGCCCACGGGACCCUUUGACUUCCGCAGCUACUUGCGCGCCAAGGACCAGCGGCGCUUUCCGCUGCUCAUUAACCAGCCGCACAAGUGCCGCGGCGACGGCGGACAGGGCGGCCGGCCAGACCUGCUCAUCGCUGUCAAGUCGGUGGCAGCAGACUUCGAGCGGCGCCAAGCCGUGCGCCAGACAUGGGGCGCUGAGGGUCGCGUGCAGGGGGCACUCGUGCGCCGUGUGUUCUUGCUGGGCGUGCCCAGGGGUGCGGGCACAGACAGGACAGACACAGUGGGGGCGGGCACUCGAACACACUGGCGCGACCUGCUGCAUGCUGAGAGCCGUGCAUACGCUGACAUCCUGCUCUGGGCCUUCGACGACACUUUUUUCAACCUAACGCUCAAGGAGAUCCACUUUCUGACUUGGGCCUCUGCCUUCUGCCCCGACGUGCGCUUCGUUUUUAAGGGCGAUGCUGAUGUGUUCGUGCACGUGGGGAAUCUGCUGGAGUUCCUGGCACUGAGGGAUCCAGGGCAGGACUUGCUUGCUGGUGACGUGAUUGUGCAGGCGCGGCCAAUCCGCGCGCGGGCCAGCAAGUACUACAUCCCUGAGGGUGUGUACGGCCUGCCAGCCUAUCCAGCCUACGCUGGAGGGGGUGGCUUUGUGCUUUCAGGUGCCACGCUGCGCCGCCUGGUUGGCGCCUGCGCGCAGGUUGAACUCUUCCCCAUAGACGACGUCUUUCUGGGCAUGUGUCUGCAGCGCCUGCGGCUCACGCCUGAGCCUCACCCUGCUUUCCGCACCUUUGGCAUCUCCCAGCCUUCAGCUGCGCCGCAUCUGCGCACCUUCGACCCCUGCUUUUACCGGGAGCUGGUUGUAGUGCACGGGCUCUCUGCUGCUGACAUCUGGCUUAUGUGGCGUCUGCUGCACGGGCCGCAUGGGCCAGCCUGUGCGCAUCCACAGCCUGUUGCUGCAGGCCCCUUCCAGUGGGACUCCUAGCUACCCAUCACAGCCCCAAGCUCCUCUCACUCAGACUCAGGAAGGAGUGGGAGGGAACCUGAAGGGGGUUCCCAGAUGGAUUAUUGCUGUGUAUGUGGUUCUUCUCCAGACUACCCGCUGUCUGCCUCCACAAGGUCCCAGGGAAUGGAGAUUGAGCUUGGCUUCUGCUGGCCCACCCUGCCGGAAGCCAGUCAGAAACGAAUGUAAUGGUGACCUUUUGAAAUAGCCAGGACUGAGGUGGUGGAGGACCAUCUCUUGCCCAAUAGGCCCCAAGGUGGUGGACA